AUGUACCCGAUCCUGCCGGACGACCUCGCGUCCGACAUCCAGCAGUUCGUGCGCUCCGACUUUGCAAGGCAGUACUUCUCCACGCACACCACCGGCUUCCUCUUCCGCCGGCGCGUGCCCGUCGAGCAGAUGAUGGCCUGGCAGAAGGCCCCGCUCACGUCGCCGCUGCUGAACCUCGCGCGCCCGCUGCACAAGGACGCGGUCAAGAUCUUCAAGGUCAUCCAGCGCCUCAUGGGCGACCGCGAGCGCGAGGGCCGCCCGAACCGCCUCCCGCCGCCGCCGCCCCUCCCGCCAUCCUCCGACGGCGCGCAGUCCUCUACGCUGAACGCGCUGAACGCGUCGACGAGCUCGCUCGGCGGCGGUGCGCUCGGGCUGCUGGAGGAGGAGCGGUGGCUGCUCGGCGAGGGCCUCACGCACGGCGAGCUGCGCGACGAGAUUUACUGCCAGCUCCUGAAGCAGCUGACUGGCAACCCCACCACGGAGAGCGUGUUCAAGGGCUGGCAGCUGCUGUGCGUGCUGCUGAUCACGUUUCCGCCGUCGAAGAACUUCGAGUCGUACCUGCGCGGCUUCCUGCAGCAGCGCACGGCGCAGCAGGAGGGCCGCGUGGACGUGAUGGCCAAGUACUGCCUCAAGCGGCUCUCCGUCGUCGCGAAAAAGGGCCCGCGCGGGAAGCCGCCGAGCGUCGCCGAGAUCGAGACCGCGGCCGACGCGGCCUUCAACCCGUCCACCUUUGGCGAGCCGCUCGACGCCAUCUUCCGCCUCCAGGAGCGCACGUACCCGCACCAGAAGACGCCGAUCGUGCUCCCCUUCCUCGCGGACGGCAUCCUCGCGCUCGGCGGCACCAAGGCGGAGGGCAUCUUUCGCGUGCCGGGCGACGGCGACGCGGUCGCCGAGCUCAAGCUCCGCAUCGACAAGGGCUACUACACCCUCGCGGGCGUCGACGACCCGCACGUGCUCGCGUCGCUCCUCAAGCUCUGGCUCCGCGAGCUCUGCGACCCGCUCGUCCCGGACGAGCUCUACAACGAGUGCGUCGCGCGCGCGGACGACCCCGCCGCGUGCGUCGCCGUCGUCGAGCGCCUCCCGACUAUCAACCGCCGCGUCGUGCUGUUCGUGGUCAGCUUCUUGCAGCUGUUCCUCGACGCGCGCGCGCAGGCCGCGACGAAGAUGACGAGCGCGAACCUCGCGCUCGUCAUGGCCCCCAACCUCCUCCGCUGCGGCUCCGAGUCGAUGGCCGUCGUGUUCACCAACGCCCAGUACGAGCAGAUGUUCGUGCACAAUCUGCUGCUGCACCUCAAGUGCGACGCCGUCGACCCCGACUACGUCCCGCAGCACGGCCUCGGCGCCGUCUCCACCGCCGCGCCGCCACGGACAUCCCGCUCCCGCUCCCGCCGCAUGCACGGGUAG